AUGAAUUUCACUAAUUAUCACUCUCUUUUACAGAAAAAAUAUCAAGAAAUAUUACAACGCCAGACACAGACUCAAUCUAAAGUUGAUCAAUGUCAAGCCUAUUACGAAGCCGUGGGAGGGGUAAAGAAAAGAAGAAUAUAUGGUCUUGGAUCUCAAGCACAAUUAUAUUACGGGCCGAAUCUUCGUCCCUCUUUUGGAUCUGAUGCUACAUCCUCAGUACCACCUCUGAAUGCUCAACCAGCAACUAGGGGGAAUUUGGAUGACAUGAUUCCUGCACUGACAGAUCGUAUGCUUCCUGUAUUUGUUGAGUGGGUACGUGGAUUGAUUUCUUCAUCCUCUUCUCAGCCAGACACUCCUACCGACCAUCCAUUAUCUAUGGCACCUAUAGUUCCAGCUUUAGCUACUGACAAGUUGAUGAGGUUCAUGCAUCGGUUUCUGAUGAUGACCAUGGCUCUCCAGUCUCUCAUUUAG